UUGUCCUUCUGCAUUAGUUGAAGGGAUUUUAAGGACACUGAUGAGCAUGGUGAGAUUGGAUGGAUGUGUUCUCAACUUAACCUUUGAUUUGAGCCACAGUGGAAACAUUUACAUGACAUUGGAUUAACGCUACAGGACCAUAUUGGCUGACAGAAUUCUUCAUCUUGUGGUGAUCAGACAUACAGUACAGUCACACGUUUGGCUACCAGAGGAAGUACUUUGAUGUAAUAUUCGAUUUUCAGUAUAUCGACAUGUUGUAUUUGUGCGGACAUGAGAGUGCUGUACCCUCUGUUAGCAUGACUCCUGACUGCAUGGACGCCAACAAGCCGAUAAUCCAAAGCGACAUGAAGCCUCAUGUGAUGGGAAUUAUCCUGAGCAUCGCCUCUUUCCUCAUCAUCUCGACCAACCUGCUGGUGGCAGCUGCUCUACUUAAACUACUCCUUAGAAAGAAGACCCAGAGCUGGUGCUUCGUCCUCAACUUGGCCCUGGCUGACACCCUGGUGGGUGUGGCCAUCACUGGCCUGGCCACAGAGGACUUCAACAGCAGCAAUAUCACUCAGAGCCAGGACAGCCAUGUCACUGCUGAUCCUACAACAAACGUCACGCCUUCCGCUCAGGGCAAGAUUCGCUGUUUGAUGCGGAUGGGCUUCGUGAUGUCCCCCUGCACAGCAUCUAUCAUGUCCAUGUUCCUGAUCUCACUUGACCGCUACGCAGCCAUCAAGAUGCCCCUGAGGUAUUCCCAGCUGUCAGGGAAGGGGACAGCAGCCGGGUUCCUGCUGGUUCUGUGGAUCAGCGCCCUCACUAUAGGCUUCCUCCCAGUCACGGUGCGGCAGCUGCAGACAGAUGGCUAUGAUGGCUUCUGUGCGUUUUUCUCCGUCAUUCACCAGGUGGGCAUGAUCGUGUUAUUCAGUGUGUGCUUCUUCCCUCUGCUCUCUCUGUUUGUUUUCAUUUACCUGGACAUCCUGAAGAUUGCCUGGAUCCACCAGAGGAGGAUCUGCCAAGUUAGGCAAGCUGGUUCUAUAACUGCUGACCACAAUGACCAACAACAUCAGGAGCAUCAUCAUCAUCAUCAUCAUCAGCUGAGGAGCUACUGGAGCCAUGUCAAGGCUCUGAGGAUGGUGGCAGUGCUCGUGGGCUGCUUCUUGGCCCUCUGGUGCCCUUUCUUUGUGGUGUGCAUUGUGCAACUUCUGUGUAAAAGCUGCAAACUCAUCAACGUGUUGGAGAACCAUCUGUGGCUCUUGGGAUUGUCAAAUUCACUGAUCAACCCCCUGGUGUAUGCCUUUUGGCAGAAGGAGGUGCGGCUGCAGUUAGCAGCCAUGUUUUCCUGCUUUACAUGCGGAUUACUCGCUGCUGGACCUCCAGGUGUCACCCACUAAGUGUCUCUAGUGGAGAUAGCCACAACCCUUCACUGUUGCAGCCAAUUAUGAACAAGGACACACUGAAAAAAGAGAAUUAUUGGAGCAACUUAAAUGAAUUGCUUCAGUUGGUAACAAGCA